AUGACUGCGGGUCAUACCCGUCGCACUCGCAUAGUCUGCAUAUCAGACACGCACAAUUCCACGGUCAGACUACCACCUGGUGACGUCCUCAUUCACGCUGGCGAUCUCACAAACCAAGGCAGCUUUCCCGAGCUAUCUCGGGCUGUGAAGUGGCUGGACCACACCAAGUUUGAAGCCAAAAUUGUCGUAGCCGGUAUUCACAUUACACCGCUGCCCCUCUCUCCCCCCUCUCUCUAUUCCGUACAUAUAUGCAUGUCCACAUUCCUAUUCACAUCUAUACUCGUAUUCAUCACUUGA